AUGGAACCAUUUGAAGAAGCUUCGAAAACCCCAAAUCCAUUAGUAAAUCCUAAACUUAUACCGACAAUUUUUGCUUAUAUAGAUGAUUUGAUAAAAUUAUCAAACGAACUAGUUAAAUCAAUGAGGUUCUCACCAUUCCCAUCAUCCAAUAAUCUACAAUACAUUUAUAAUAAUCAUAGACUAGGUCAAACAUUUCUAAGAUAUUAUAAAGAUUUUGAUAUUUAUCAAAAAUAUGCAAAAAAUCAUCGAAAAAGCAGGAAUGCUAUCAAGAAAGCAAAUAAAAAUGUUCUAUAUAGAAAAUUUGUUCAGGAACAUGAUGCAAUCAGGCUUGAAAUUUAUCCCGAAAAAAAAACCAGAUUUCGAUAUCUUAAAACCGGUUCGACCAAUCUUAAUGCAGGUUUAAAACCGGUUGCUAUAAUUUCAACCGAAUAUUUUAAAAAUAAA